UUGACAAUGUUAUCUGUAUAUAAACGUAUGAGAUGAUAUUACAAUAUAUCAACUGCAAUUCAAAACUAUAAAAUGGAGCGAGAGAGUCUCAAUUUUGGAUCUGAUGAGGAUUAUAAAGUGUUUUGUGAUUCGUGUAAGAACAUCAGAAAAGAAGUUCCCGCAAAAGGCUCUUGUCAAGAAUGUCAAGAAAAUUACUGCGCUUCAUGUUGUGAAAUUCAUACGAAAUUUAACAUCACAAAGGACCAUACGAUACUGAAGAGUAUUAGUGAUCAAGAAAGCAAAACUGGUACUAUUGCAAAACCUACCAGAUCUUUAGAAUCUGCCGAUGGAGUUUUCUUUCCUGAGAUGUGUGACAAACAUAAUAACGAAUUUAUAAAAUACUUUUGUCAGCACUGUGAGGAGGUCUUGUGCACAGCGUGUGUAACAACGAAGCAUAGAGCAUGCUCAAACGUUCAGUAUAUACCCGAUGUUGUGAAAAGCAAAGAGCAUGGCAUGGAGGUUGAUCACAUUAACAAAAACAUUGGCCAGAUGGUUAAUGAAUUAGCUGACUUGAAAAGUGAAAUUGAUGACAAUAAAAUUUUAGUUCAAUUCGAUGCAUGUAGUGCGCGGGAAGAACUGGAAAAGGGUAUAGACAUGAUCAUAAAAUAUUUCGAGGACAAGAGAGCAAUGCUGACUGAAAUUAUUCAAGAUAUUGAGAAGGAAAAUGGCGAAAGAAUAUCGAAUGCUAAUUCAUUAAAUCGCAGACUGAGUGAACUGCUGCAAGGCCAGAAAGCUUGUCUGACAGACUGCACUGAUACAGACAAACUUAUUAAAAGGUUUAUCGAGGCAAAGAGAAGCCUCAAAAGGAUGGAACUAGGCCGUGUAGAGUUGGAUAUGGUUCAAGGAGCCAAUACAAUAAGACGGUACCGCCUCAUGCCAUUGACAUGUCUGGAAACUGCCUUCAAGAAUAUUAACGUCGGAAGCAUCGAAUUCACGGACGUUAAUUGUCCGAGAAAAGCAAUCCACGCGACGUCUUUGAAUGUGAGAACGGAGUCCGAAUCCAAAGGAUGUGGAAUCGCAGACAUGGCACUGUUGUCACCAGAUCUGCUUGCAGUGUCUGAUAGCUACAACUACAAUGUGAAGCUUCUUGAUGUCCCUAAUGACAAAAUAGUUUCAUCACUUGUCCUGUCGUCUUGGCCUUUGGGCAUAACAAGGAUAAAAGCUGAUCAGCUAGCAGUUGCACAGCCCGCCAUUUCCACAAUCACAAUUGUAUCUAUAUCUGAAGAUGGCCAUCUCACGAAAGACAGGGAUCUCCUCUCACUGAAAGCUUGCAGUGGCCUGCUGUAUGCCAAAGGAAUGCUCUUUGUCGCAUACAGUACAGUUCGCAGCCAGAUUGCGGUACUGAGUCUCGCUGGUGAUGUUACAAGAACUAUAAGCACUAAUAAAUCAGGGAUGCCACUGUUUAGUAGACCAUGCUACAUGGCAAUGAGUAUCGACAAGGAUUCCUUGUAUGUAAGUGACACUGAGAUAAUGACAAUAACCAGUCUGUCAAGAGAGAAUACAUUUCAUGUUAAGUGUGACGGAAAGGGUCGUUCCAAAGUAAGCGGUGUAAGAGGAAUUACAAUAGAUUGCGGAGGAGUAGUUUAUGUAUGCGGGUACAACAGUAAUACCGUGUGUCAGUUGAGCAGAGAGUGCAAGGAGUUAAUACCGCUUUUAGAUGCAAAUAAUGGCCUACGUCAGCCUCGGUCCUUGGCGUUUUGUGCAAAAACAAACCGCUUGUUUGUUGGGUUGGAUUUUGGAGAUAGGAUUCAAGUUUUUGACAUCAGAAAUAAAUAAGUGGAAGUGUAGGAAAAGAUUGUGAAUGCUUGACUUCACAAUGAUUGUAUUCCAUUUAUAGUAAUUAUUGACAAUUGAAGUACAAUACAAUGACGUUGCGAGUGUAGCAUUCUGUGGAUAUUGUCAUUACUAUGAACGAUCAGUCUAAUUCCAUUUGAGAUAGCUUAAUUUACAUGUGGGAAAUAGUUUAUGCCAGGAUUUCUUUCAUUUAUGUUUAUGCACAUUAUAUUAUAGCAAUAAAGGAAAGGAAACCACA